AUGCCUAAUGUCAUCCCUAUAUCCUCCAUACCUCUCACCAGUACAUAUACACAUAACCCCACAUCCCCGUUCUCCAAAUGCUACAACACUCUUCAUACAUGGUGGAACUCAACCAUAACCUCCUACUCACCGCUCCCUCAAACACCACAACCUGAUACUCCCAACACAGCUACAAUGGAAGAACCACCAUCAAAACCUCACUGGCGCAUAUACUGGUUUGCUCUCGUGCUCUGCAGCGGCGGAGCUUUGUUUGGUUAUGACUCGGGGGUAAUUGGCGGCGUCCUAACCUUUCCCUCCUUCACCACCUCCUUCCCCAUUCCCCCCUCUUCCAAAACGCACACAAGCGCCCUCGCCGUCGGAAUCCAACAAUUCGGCGCCUUCACCGGGUGUUUCCUAAUAUGGCCUCUAACAAACCUCUACGGCCGACGCCUCGCCAUGAUCCUAUGCUCCACCAUCUUUUCCCUCGGCGUAAUCCUCGAAACCAUCGACUCCCAUUCCCUCCCCGUCUUCUACCUCGGCCGCGUGAUCUGCGGACUCGGCAUCGGCGGUUCCGCAACCGUCAUACCAAUCUACAUGACGGAGAUGAGUCCAAAGGAAAUCCGCGGUCGAUUGGGGAGCUGUUAUCAGCUCACGUACACGGUCGGGAUCCUGAUUUCGUACUGGGUUGAUUAUGGCGUUAAGGGGAUGCAGGAUAGUGGUGCGCGACAAUGGCAGAUUCCCGUUGGACUGCAGCUUGUGCCUGGUGUUUUGAUGGGUGUGGGGAUGGUGGGUGUGAAGGAGAGUGUGCGGUGGUUACUCUCGGUGGGUCGGGAGGGGGAGGCGUGGGAUAGUCUUGUUUGGAUUCGGGGUGGGGAGGGGGAGGGGGUUAGGACGGAGUUUGAGGGGAUGAGACGGGGACUUGAGGAGGAGAGGGAUGCGAAGGAUGGAUUUGGGAUGUUGGAGUUAGUUGAGAGGGGUAAUUUGAAGAGGAUGGGGAUUGCGGGUGGGUUAUUUCUUGCGCAGCAGUCGACUGGAUCGACUGCGUUGGCGUAUUUUGGACCACAGUUCUUCGAGUUGCUUGUUGGGGAUGGCGAUAGGACGCUUUUAAUAACGGGGAUUUUCGGCGCGAUUAAGGUCGUUGCUUGUUUGAUUUUUGUGGUGUUUUUGUCGGAUCGCUUUGGGAGACGGCCGUUGUUGGCGGGUGGUGCGGCUUGCAUGGCGGUUUGUAUGAUUUCCACUGCGAUCGUUAUAAAGCUUUAUCCGCAGCCUGGGGAUGGGACGGUUACUUCCUCGGGGAUUGCUACGGUCGCGCUGAUAUAUCUCGAUAUCAUCGCUUAUAACUUCAGCUGGGGUCCGUUGCCGUGGCCGUGCGCAAGUGAGAUCUUCCCUACGCGCAUUCGCGAGCCUGGUGUUGCAUUUGCUGUUGGGUCGCAGUGGCUUUUUAAUUUUGUUUGGAGUUUCUCGACGCCGUAUAUCCAGCAAAGCCUUGGGUGGGGUACGUUCUUGCUCUUUGGGCUGCUGGAUGUGGCGAUUGUCGGCUUUACUUACUUCUGUCUGAAGGAGACGGCGGGCAAGUCUCUCGAGGAGAUUAAUUGGAUGUUCGAUGGGGUUAAUUCAGAUGCUGAGCAUGGGAAGGAUCCCGCUUUGGAUAGUGGUGCUGGAUCGCAUGUACCUGCUGAAAGGUAUCAUGCGCAGGUUGAUGAUACAUGUAUGGAUGCCAAAUCGGCGUCCAAGCAUCGGACUGCGCAUGUCGAGUCGACCACUGGAUGGUCUUGA